UUCCACUACCAAUGUAUUUCAGUGUGUUCUGGUGGGUUGGAGGCCCCCUGUGGAGAUCACGGGAACUGUGAUGAUGGACGCAUGGGGUCUGGACGGUGCCGGUGUCACGAUGGCUUCAAAGGAAUAGCCUGUGAGCUGUGUGAACUUAAACACUAUGGAACCAAUUGUACAGCGUGUAACUGCACAAAUCAGGGCCAAUGUGAGGAUGGGAUGGAGGGAGAUGGGAGCUGUUCCUGUACUGAGGGCUGGACUGGAGACCGCUGCCACCUUAAAAUAGAGAAGAAGCUGGUGUGUUCUCCAGAGUGCCAUAGCAACGCUGUGUGUCUGCCCGACAACAUCUGUCUCUGUCAGUCACAGUAUGUGGGGGACGGCUUGAACUGCACUGCUCCUGAUCUGUGUGCGGAGUACAACGGGGGCUGCCACCAGCAUGCAGCCUGUCUUCAGACAGACCUGCAGGUCAACUGUACGUGUCUGUCUGGCUACGAGGGUGACGGCUAUGUCUGCUCACCUAUCAACAGGUGUGUCACAGAGACCAACGGAGGAUGCAGUGACUUCGCUACUUGCCUGUUCACAGGGCCUAAUGAGCGUCAGUGCGAGUGUCUUGAUGGGUACGUGGGGAACGGGCUCCAGUGUCUGGAGAAGGUGGUUCCACCCGUCGACCGCUGUCUGGAGGAGAACGGAGGAUGUGACCCCCAGGCCACGUGCAAGGACCUGCAUUACCACAGUAACACUGCCGGAGUGUUCCACCUGCGUUCCAGUGCAGGGAAGUACCAGCUGAACUACACAGAUGCUGAGCUAGCCUGUCAAGCUGAGGGGGCUACGCUCGCCACCUUCUCUCAGAUGGCUGAUGCACAACAGCUGGGAAUGCACCGUUGUGUUGCUGGAUGGAUACAAGGGAAGAAAGUGGGCUAUCCAACCAGGUUUCCCUCGGUCAACUGUGGUGACAACCAUGUUGGGAUAGUGCUAUACAAAGACCCUGUGGACCCCAGCAGCAAAUACGACACCUUCUGUUACAGACUGUCAGAUGUGUCCUGUGUGUGUGGAACUGGGUACGUAGGCAACGGGGACUUCUGUAACGGAGACCUGGCCAGUGUUGUGGCUACCAACUUAAACUACUCUGUAUUCUACAAUAUAUUGUUGAAGUAUGCAGGCUCGUCUACAGAGGGAGAAGUUCUGUUGGACUUUCUGUCCAGCAGUUCAUCCUAUGCCACUCUGUUUGUGCCACUCAACGCUGGGUUCUCUGAAAAUGAGACGUUAUCAGACCGGGAUGUGGAGUACCAUAUCUCCACGAACAACAGCGUUAUGUUCUACGAGGACCUGAAACACGAUGGCGUCAUCCCUUCCAGACUGGGAUAUAAUCUCUCACUGGUCAUUUCCCCCAGCAACACCACACAGCAGAACCAGGAACCCCAGACAUUGAAGCUAGUGAACCGGAGGCUAGUGUUGACCUGGGACAUCCCAGCAUACAAUGGAAUUAUUCAUAUCAUAGAGGGUCCACUCAGAGCCCCGCCCUUACCAGUGAGUUAAGCAGUUGAGUGAAGUUGUACCCUAGGUGCUGAUCUUGGAUCAGUUUUUCAUUUCCCCCACUAAUGGUUAAAGUUGGGGUAGCUGAUCCUAGAUCUGUAACUAGGGGAAACUUCAACCCAGAGUGAACAGGGUUCAUCUGCUCCUUAUCAGACCAUUAUAACAAUCCUAAUUCAUUGCAAAUUCCAGCCCUAUUCCAGAGCCACACAAGGAGUCUCUGGUCAACAGUAACACACUGCAUUAUGGGAGAAUAGGGUCUCUGGUCAACAGUAA